AUUGAUCUUUUUUAAUGAAUAAUAAAAUAAACAAAAAAUCAAAAUAAAACGACAAAUUUCUUGAUGAAAACACAAAUUUCACACAAUUUUGGUGGGAAAAGCAAUUAAUAAAUAGAAACAAGAAAGAUGUCUAGCGAUGAUGAAGAUCAAUUAUGCCGCUUUGGAACACCUCUGGAUCCGAUUGAAGAAGAUGAAAUACCAAAAACAAAAAAAAUCACACUUGCCGAUCAAAUCGCAACCGACAGUAAUGGAAAGCGGCGUUUUCAUGGUGCAUUUACGGGUGGAUUUUCAGCGGGAUUUUGGAAUACCGUUGGCUCACGCGAGGGUUGGUUGCCGAGUGAGUUCAAAAGUUCACGUUCUGAAAAGGCAGAGCGUCGUACUCAGCAAGCGUCCGAUUUUAUGGACGAUGAAGAUAUGAGCGAAUUUGGAAUAGCACCGCAACGUAUUCAAACGACAAAAGAUUUUGGUCCAUCGGAAAAUAGAGAGAGAAACAAACGAAAAUUACAGUCAGAUCUAACACAGGGUCCGAUACCCGGUGUUCCCGUGCUUGAAUUAGUAUUGGAAUCGUGUCACGAUAAAGCUGCUGUUCGACUAUUGAAACAAAUGGAUAAAAGAUAUGCAGUGGUUCUCGCAGCCAAAGCAAAAAAGUCAAAAAAACGAUAUCCGGAAGACGACACUAUGACUUCGAACCAACAAGUUGAAUCUGAAGAAACUGCGGAACAAGAGAAAGUCUAUAAGUGUGAUAUGGGGCCGAUGAGACGCCCGACAAGCGAUACAGAGACCGGUAGCAGUGAUAGCGACGACGAUGAAGAACUGGUAUUUGAUAAAGACGAAUUUGAUUCCAUGUUUGAAACUUUUAAAACGAACCGAUUUGGUUUAGGCUAUAAGGGUUUGGACAAAGGUAAUUUUUUUAAUAUCGUUGGAGCAGAUGCACCAAUAAUGCAAAAUGACAACAAUAGCUUAUCAACAUUCACAAUGUACGAUAAGAAUAAAAAGAAAGUUACUAUAAGAGGUCAAGCAUUUGGUGUUGGUGCAUUUGAAAAUGAUGAUGAUGACAUUUAUGCCCAUGAAGAUAUAAGCAAAUAUGAUUUUCGGCUGGAUAGUCAAAUUGAAAAAAAGUCAUCAAAAAGUUCAAAAAUUACUGAACGUGAAUUUGUGAACGGUUUUUGUAAUGCAACAAAAGAAUCACGGAUAGCAAAGAAACAUGUAUUUAAAGUAUCGUUACCAUUUUCGUUCGAACCACGGAAUUGGCUCAAACGAAAAAGUCGUUUUGGACCUGAAGUUGCUGCAACAACAUCGACGGUCAGAGAAACUGUUGGCAGACAUGAUUUAACGCCUGAUCAACGUGGUCAACUUUUGGGUGAUAAAACAAAAAAAGUUCCGAUGAAUGAUAUCGAUAAAAAACUGCAGGCAGCUGGUUUAAAAACGAUGAAAUUCACUUCUGGUGGAAUUGAAAAUAAAACAAACAAUGAGCAAGCAACAACUUCAACAAAUGAUGAAUUGAGCUUGAAAAUUGAUGAGAAUCUAACGAAAAUGCGCGAAAAUAAAUUUAUUGUACCCGAGGGAAUACCACAAAUUUUUGAUAGAUUUACUUCUUCAAGUGAUCCAAAAUGUCUGUCUGAAUUGAAUUCAAAUGAAGUAAAAGCGGCUCCAACAGCCCCAGUUCCCAUUAGGGAGGUGAAAAAGGUUACGCGAACGAAAAAUAUUUGGAUUGCAUGCCAACUAUUGUGCUACAAAAUGAACAUGGAGACAAAUGUGGGAACAAAACCAGAUAAAGGGAAUACAUUUUCCUUAUUUAAAUGCAUUGCAAAUCCGGAAACCGUACGUCGUAAGCAGUUAGAAUUCGCAAUUUUACAACAGGAAGAUAGUGACCAAGUUGAGGUGAAAAAAAUUGAAGAUAUGUCCGAAGAAAGUGAAAAGCCGACGAAAAACGUUCAAAAUAGCUCAGCUUCAGAUCACAACGAAAAGUUGUCGCCGGCACCAGUUAAACAAGUAGUUCAAAGUUUACCGCCCGAACCAAAUUCAAAAAUUGAAACUAAUGCCAAGCUCGAAACGUCAAUUCCGAAACGAAAUAAACCCAAAAACGAUUUAGAAAUGAAAAUAUUAAAUGCACAAGAUGAACAUCCAUCCAAAAAGAAGGAUAUUUUCAAGGCAAUUUUCGAUAGUGACAAUGAAAGCGACAAAUCUGACGAAGAUGGGGAAGUGAAUAACUUCAAUGUUGUGAAAAAACCAGUCAUCAAUGAUGAUGUAAUGUCUACAUUGACAAAACCGUCAUCAUCUGUAACAGCACUUUGUGCAAAAAUUCCCGAUUUAUCGUGUCGGAAUACAUCGCCACCACGUGGAAUUUUCAGUGGAUUAACCAACAUAAAUCGAUCUGUGGAAACUAAAACAUCGGAACUGAAAUCUACAGAGGAAACAUCAAAUGAGGACACAUCGGACGCUUAUGGUCCAAGUCUACCGCCGAUGAAACCUUCGCAUUCAAUUGAUAACAAGUCAAACAAUUCUAUACAACAAGCCGAACUAAAUUCCAUAAAUUCUAUUUCAUUGAACAAAACAAAAGUGUUUUAUGAAGAAAAGUGGAUUGAAAAAUCAGAUGAAAAAGAAAAAAAAUCAAAAAAACAUAAAAAACACAAAAAAGAUGGUGAUAAACAUAAGAGUAAAAAAGAUAAAAAAGACAAAAAAGAAAAACAUAAAAAGAAGAAGCGAUAA